AUGCUCAAACGCCUUGCACUUGGCCUGCUGGCCGCUCAGUCCGUGGCUGCCAAGCGCUUUGUCAUGUACAUUGACCAGUACCAUGUAACCGCUCUUCCGGGCCAGGAGAAGACUGAGGGCAUCGACUAUGCAAUCAUGGGCUUCGCUGCCUCAAAGCUAUUCAACUCCGGUGCAGAAUACAAGCCAUUUGAGUCCCCUGAGACCAUGCGUAAGCGCUUUAGCCCGGAGACCAAGCUGUUAGUUGCUAUUGGUGGCUGGGGUGACACCACUGGCUUCUCCGAGGGAGCAAAGGACGAGACUUCGCGCACGCGAUAUGCCAAGAACGUCGCUUCGAUGCUAGACGCACAUGGAUUCGACGGUGUCGAUGUUGACUGGGAAUACCCUGGUGGCAACGGUCAAGACUACAAACAGGUGCCGAACUCCAAGAAAGUGGACGAGAUCGAAACAUAUCCGCUCUUCCUCGAAGCUCUCCGCAAAGAACUCGGCGACAAGAUUCUCUCUAUCGCAGUACCAGGUCGUAAGCAGGACUUUAUCGCCUUCACCAAGGAGCAGGGCCCUAAGAUCUUCAAGUCCGUCGACAUGGUUAAUGUCAUGAGCUACGAUCUGGUUAACCGUCGCGAUAACGUUGCCGGCCACGCUAGCUGUGUCCAGGGAUCCUUGGACACCAUCAAUGAGUAUCUCGUGAUUGGGGCUGAUCCCGAGAAGCUCAACCUUGGAUUCGCAUACUACGCUAAGUGGUUCAGCACCAAAGCCGACUCCGGUUGUGAUGAGAACCCUCUCGGCUGUGAGCUUGCUAAACUCGAGAACGACGAUGGAUCGGACAAUGGCAAUUCAGGUGCUUUGACUUUCGAGGCUAGCACUGUUGCUGUUGCGCCUAAGGAUCUGAAGGAAAGCCCCGAUGGAUUGUGUGGAUUCGGAGCGAAAGCCAAGUGCCCACCCGGACAAUGCUGCAGUUCCUCCGGCUAUUGUGGUACUACCGACGAGUUCUGCCAGGCUGGAUGUCUCUCUGACUACGGUGCCUGCAAGGGUAUCUCCAUCACUGACUCAUGGCGCAAGGCCCAGAAGGAUGGCAAGACCGACGAGAAGGGCGGUGGCCAAUACUACUUCGACAGCGAGAACAAUUUCUUCUGGACCUGGGAUACCCCCGAAAUGAUUGCCCGAAAGUUCAAGGAAAUCGUCGCGGAGAAGAACCUUGGUGGUGUCAUGGCUUGGAGUUUGGGAGAGGAUACCUACAGGUUUGAGCACUUGGAGGCUAUGCAGAAGGGUAUCAAGUCUCAGUCUAGCUCCCCCAAGGUUGAGGAACUUCCCAAGGCUGAG